AUGGAGGUUGGAAAUGGCAGAAACAUUCGUUUCUGGGAGGAUACUUGGUUACAAGGUGGCUCUUUGAGAGAUUGUUUUUCGAGACUCUUCUCUGUUUCAAAUCAACAAGGAUCCGUAAUAGGGGACUGUGGGUUUUGGGAUGGGCUAGAGUGGGUAUGGGACUUCCAAUGGAGGAGAGAACUCUUCCAAUGGGAGUUAGAGCUACUCAACCAACUUCAGGACCGGUUACGGGUUGUGAGGUUAUCGGUUGAUAGAGAGGAUACAAUUGUAUGGAAAUUUGAUAAAAAUGGUGUUUUUUCUACUAGUUCUUUUGUGCAGGUGCUACAGCAGGAGACUCUCUCAGCGGACAUUAUGAGUUACAACUUCAAAAGCUCCAUUUGGAGAGGCUUGGUUCCUCCAAGAGUUGAGCUAUUUGCUUGGUUUGUGCUAGUAGGCAGGGUCAACACGAAGGAGAGGCUGAGUAGACUUGGCAUUAUUAAUCAUCAUGACAAUAUAUGUGUGUUGUGUAAAAAGGACAUUGAAUUUGUACAUCAUUUAUUUUUUGCUUGUGAGUUUACGUGGCAGGUGUGGUGUGCAUGGUUGACGUUCACUGAUCGAGCUUGGACCACCCCGGAAAUCGUUAAAGAGUUCUUUGAGAGUUGGACUGGAGUAACAUGUGGGAAGUCUGAGCAAAAGAAAUGGCUGAUAGGAUUCUAUACAGUUAUUUGA